GCGGAGAAACCCCCCUACCUUUUUGGCUCUCUCUCUUGAUUUCUGUUUCUGCAUUAUGAAAUUCUAAGUUUUUCGAUUAAUUGUGUGGAUUGAAGUGAAUUUUGAUGGAUUAUUAUAAGCAUAAAGCUGUGGAUGAAGGAUUGCCACAACUACAACAACCUCAAGCUCCUCCUCCUCCUCCUCCGAUGAGUCAUUUUUCAACUCCUACUUACUUCACUCAACAAGCCAUUCGAGCUGGCUACGUAGAGCCACCUCAAUUUGAAAACAAGCUUGAUCAUAUCCAUCACCAACCCGUCAAUAUGCGUGAGGCAAUUAUGAGAGAGAUCGAGAAGGAGAGUAUUAGAGAGAAGAUUAUUGCAGAAGAGAUUGCUCGUAGAAGAAUGCCUGAGUUUGACGUAAGAAGAGAGCUCAUGAUGGAAAGACAACUAACAAAGCAGAUUGGAGAAGGAUUUUCUCCUCUUUCUUCUCCCACGCUUCCAUUCUUGAAGCAACAGAGUGAUGUAACGUCCGUAGAAGAAAGAACUGCAAGGUCACAGAUGGGAAGGGGGAUACAAGUCUCUAGAUUGGGUGCAAGAAAUGAGAUUGGGAGACUUGACAUAAUGCCAUUUGAGGAGCGGAUUUCAGAGAUGUCUUUUCAUCAACGAAGCCUUUUUGACUGAACGAAGAGCGAGAAGAAGAAAAUACAGAAGUAUUAAAAAGGAACCAGGUUCUUGUUCUUGAGCGUAAGAACCUGGUUCUUUUAAACUAUCGCUAUUUCGGGUAAAUAUAAGAACUUAGUUUGCUCUGUCGUGUAAUUUUUUUCUUUAUUUAUCAACUGAAUAUGUACAAGUCAAAAGAAGGGAAAAACUGGACAACCCCUAGCUCUAACACUUUGUUUGGAGGGGUGUUAUGUAUUGUUUCAUAAUGUAUUAUAUUGUAUUGUAUU